AUAGCCUACAUUACAUCGCCAACACUCAGGGAACGAACCUUUCAGCACCUGCACUUCAGUGGGCGGUGCUUGUCCUUAACCAGACGCUACGCGCACCUUCCCGUCCUCCCCCCAUCCAUCGUGGCUGCCUGCCAAGGCCAGAUCCACGCAUUCGACUCCCAGGACCUCAUCGACGUCUACAUCCCAGACGGCCCUGAGACUGUCCUCUACUGUUGCGAGCAGCAGCCGUGCCCAAAUCGGACACCCCGAUUGAUUGAGAAAAAUUACCCUCAUUACAAGGCGAUCCGACGAGCACAACACCUGCUCGGACCCCGAAGCACCCUCGCAUCUCAAUCGGCCUCGCGGCACUCUCGCCCUGUCUCCCCUACCUCCCGCCUCCCUCAAACUGUCGCCGAUCAAGCGCGAGGAGAUCUCCCUCCAGACCCUGCGCCAGAGCCUGAGCCUGAGGAGGGUGACAGUGAAGAAGGAGUCUCGGAGUCCGAGUCCGCGGAUCCUGCUCGGCCCGCCUCACCGACAGCGCUCACCUCCGCGUCAGCAAUCCCUGACCGGAGGGCCACCACAGCCGCCUCUGCCCCCGCAACGUCCUCCGUUCCCCCCAACACCGAUAAUGUCGUCCCCUGCAGCCGCCCCCAACAAGGAGACUUUGAAACUUCUCCUCCCACUCCGAUACGAUGGCAAAACAGUCAUCGAAUGCAACCGGUUCCUGUCGCAGCUGCGCAUCUACUGGCUGGUCAACACGUCAUUGACCACCAUCGAGCUUAA